ACGCCUGGGUUCCCUGGAGAAGGUGGGGGUGAGAACAGGGGGCCCGAACACCUGGAUUCUCUGGCCCUACCCCCUCCCAAACCACCUUGCUGGGGGGGAUCCCCAUUCCCACCUCCUGUCCGGCUGGGCCCCACUUCCUGUCUCUCUUCCCAGGCUGAGAAGCAUCCCUGGGGACCCCCCUCCCCAAUGUCCCAGCUUCUGGGGCCUUGCAGAGGACGGAGCCAGGACCCCAACCCAGGCCAGAAACACAGCAGAGUAGGGUUGCACCUUGGAGACUAACCCCAGCAGAGCCCCCCCUCAAAGGCGGGAUGGAGGGGCAUUGCAUUGCCUUCCCCCAGCUCUGGAGUUUGCAAUGCAAGAACAAAGCAGACUCACAGCACGGAGGGCGGAGCUUCUUGAGGAAGAGGUGGGACUGCCCAGAAAGGAGGCGGAGCUACCUGGGAGGACCAGCCCAAUGGAGCCAGGUGAAGCCCCCAGCACCCCAGAUCCCCAAGUCGGGGGGGGAGAAGAGGACGUCUCCAGAGCCGCCCGAGCAGGUGCCCAUGCAGCCGAGGACGCCCCCGUGCCACCUGUGAGACGCCGGCGGCGCCGGGCCGAAGGUGGCCUCAUCAACCUCCUGGGCCUCCUGGAGCCCCAGCCCCGGGUGCGGGCCCGGCCCUACCGCUGCACCGACUGCGGCCGGGGCUUCAGCCAGAGCUCCAACCUGCUGGAGCACCAGCGGGUGCACUCAGGGGAGCGCCCCUUCACCUGCGGGGAGUGCGCCAAGAGCUUCGCCCGUGGGUCCACGCUGGCUGAGCAUGUCCGCACGCACACCGGGGAGAAACCCUACCCCUGCCCGGACUGCGGGCGCCGCUUCGCCCGUGGCUCCACGCUGGCCGAGCACCGCCGGACCCACACGGGUGAGACCCCGUUCGCCUGCCGCGACUGCGGGCGCUGCUUCAGCCGCACCUCCAACCUGGCCAAGCACCAGCGCACGCACACGGGGGAGAAGCCCUACCCCUGCCCCGAGUGCGGGAAGCGCUUUGGCCUGCGCUCCAACCUGCUCAAGCACCUCCGCACGCACUCUGGGGAAAAGCCCUUCGCCUGCGGGCUCUGCGCCCGGCGCUUCAAGAAGAAGACCCACCUGGUGUCCCACGGGCGCACGCACACGGGCGAGCGGCCUUACGCCUGCGGGGACUGCGGGAAGAGCUUCGCCCAGAGCUCCACCCUCCUGGAGCACCAGCGCACCCACACCGGGGAGAAGCCGUACCCCUGCCCAGACUGCGGGAAGCGCUUCGGGGUCAGUUCCAACCUGGUGAAACACCGGCGGGUGCACACGGGGGAGAAGCCCUACGGCUGCAGCGCCUGUGGGCAGCGCUUCCGCUACAAGACCCAGUUCGCCCGGCACCAGAAGCUGCACCAUGGGGGCAGCCAGGAGGAGGAGGAAGAGGAGGAGCCCAUGGCUGUGCUGGCCGUGGGGCCCUGGGCCACUGCCAACCCGCUCGUGCCCAUCCCGGAGACGGCUUGAAAAAAUAUUGCCCCCCAAAAACGCAGCAGGAGGGAUUUGGGAAUGCGCGUUGUAGCUGGGAAAUAUUGUAAGGGGCGUCACCUAGCCAGGGCAGCAUGGGUGUACAUUAUAGGUGACGAAUACAAUAAGAGUGUGUCGUUCCCCCCCCCAAAACAUAGCUGGUGGAAAUUAGGAAUGUGCUUUUUUGGUGAGAAAUUGAGAAAUACGGUAAGAACCUAGCCCAGAGGCAGCAAGGGUGCAUGUUAUAGGCAAAAAAAUACGGUAAGAGCAGUUUUCCUGCUCCGGAGCAAGGGUGCAUGUUAUACGCAGGAAAUACAGCAAAAGCAGUUUCCCAUUUUGGGAGCAAGGGUGCACAUCAUACACAAGAAAUACGGUAAGAGCAGUUUCUGCUGUUUAUUGGGAGAAACCAAUGGGUCAUUUUGUAUUUGAGAGACUAUGGUAUUCUCCUCCCCUUCCCUGCCAGAUCCAACCCGUGUGGUCCAGCAUCCCUGCUGCCCCAGGGCUAGGGAACUGCUCUUACCAUAUUUCUCACCUAUAACGCGCACGCCCAAUUUCCACACGUCCUUUCUCAGAGGGAAACACGUGAGACAAGGAGCCCCUCACAUCUCCCCCGUGUCUAGCUCUGGGUCUUUAUGGGUGGCCGUAGACUAGGAGCCACGGCCCCAAGCUUCAGCAGGGGAAACUGAGGCUGGAGAGGUGGAGGAAACUGCCGGCCGUGAGGUGGUCGAGUAUUGAAGGAGGCACGUAGAGAGGCUGGAGACGCUGGAGCGGGAUGCUUUCACCCGGGAGAACCUCGCCCUCGGGAAGAGCCUCGGUGACCUCACGGGAAGCCCGACUUUCCCAUGAUCCUUCAGGAGUUGCGGCGUCUCCAUCCCCGGAGAUUCGCAAGAGCCAGGUCGGUUGUGUCCUGGGCUGUCCCGCCUGGCACCUGUCACAUCCCUCCCAGCUCGAUCGUCCCAUGAUCCUCUGCUGCAGAACUGCAUGCUGGGAGCUGAGAAGGGCUUCCCUCCGCACUGGACUCUCUGUUGGCCUCUUCCUCUCUGGGAGGUUCCUAUUGGACCAGAGGAAGCUUGAGGUUGUUCCUAUUGGAUCAGGGGGACCUUCAAGACUGGGGGGGGGGGGUUUGAGUCCAGGCUGCGGGAGUUGCCGUUCCCGCCCCCCAUCGUGGGAGGCCGCGUGUGACCCGCCAGACUCGAUCCCCUUUCGUUUCAGCCAGGGCCGAGGGCACCGUAGCCCCGGCACUAACGGCACCCCGACGCCGGCCUGCUAGCCCUGGGUUACCCCAGAGGGGACCAACAGGGCGGCCGAGAGCAAGGAAGGGGGGCGGGGCAUCUUUUCAGUACCGUAUAGACUCGUGUACCACGCCCCCCGAAAAUUAGCGAUGGAAAGCAGCCUGAAACCGAAUCGGAUUGGAUUUGAUUAAACAGAUCUCUCUCGC